AUGAGAGCUUUACUUCCUCACUCUGUGGCCGCUCUAGGCCUGGCCAGCUUCGCUGCUGCGCUUGCGACGCCCAAGAGCUACUCUGUCGAUAGAACUUACAGCCUCAUGUCUGACUUGGGAACGAACUUCACGGUUUAUGAGCACGCGGCAACAAGCUCCAGAACGAGAUAUGUCCAGGACUCGGGAAUCUGCGAGACAACCAAGGGUGUCAAGCAAUACUCUGGCUACUUCGACGUUGGUACCGACCAAAAUAUGUUCUUCUGGUUCUUCGAAGCUCGUAAAGAUGCGAAUACCGCUCCAGUAGCUCUGUGGCUGAACGGUGGCCCCGGCUGCAGCUCCAUGCUCGGUCUCUUCCAAGAAAACGGGCCAUGCACCUUCAACAAAGCCCCCGGCGCAGACCCCAUUCUGAACCCCAACUCGUGGAACAAUGUCGCCAACAUGCUCUAUGUGGACCAGCCAAUCGGGGCCGGUUUCAGCUACGGCACGAGUGAUACAGACAGCACCGUCAAGGCCGCGCCAAAAGUCUGGGCGUUGAUGCAGUCCUUCUACAGCAAAUUCCCCGAUUACAAGGGCCGUGAAUUCGGCUUGUUCACUGAGUCGUACGGCGGCCAUUACGGCCCGGAGUUUAUCGACCAUUUCCAGGCCCAAAAUGAUGCUAUCGACAAGGGCACUGUGAAGGGCGAAAAGAUCAAGAUUGUCGCUCUCGUCGUCCAAUACAAGGACUACUUGGAGUAUGCAGUGAACAAUACGUACAACAAAAUCAUCGACCAGCCCAAGUUUGAUGAGCUCACCAAAGCUUACGAGAAGGAUUGCAAACCUGCGAUGGAGAAAUGCACUGGUCUCGAGGGACAGAAUGAGGCUUGUGUGGCCGCUGAGAAUGCGUGCUAUGCAGCCGUUGAAGCGCCCAUUGAAGCGGCCAAAACUUUCAACGUCUACGAUGUCAGAGCUAAGGACGACAAAUUCCCGCCGGGAACCUAUCAAGCAUACAUCAAGAAGCCUGAGGUCAUGAAGGCCAUCGGUGCCAAAUCCGAGUAUCAGGAAUGCCCUCAAGCACCCUACGACAAGUUCACCUCGACUGGUGACGGCCAGCGAUCCUUCCUUACUAAGCUUCAAGACAUCACGAAGAAGGAUGUACAAGUUCUCAUCUGGGCCGGUGACGCUGACUUCAUCUGCAACUACAUUGGCAACUACAAUGCGGCCAAGAAGAUUGGUGGCGAGGAGUUCGAAAAGGCGGAGAUGAAAGACUUUAACAUGAACGGCAAGAAGAUGGGCGAGUACAAGAACGUCAAGAACUUGAGUUGGUUGAGAGUCCAUGAAGCGGGUCACGAGGUCCCAGCUUACCAACCAGAGGUUGCCCUCGAAGCCUUCAAACAGACCAUGGCAAAGAAGGGCAUCUCUUCACCGUAA